AUGGGUACCUGGCUGGGGGCACCGCGUGUGCCUGCGUGCCGGUGCCACAGGGCACACUGGCCUUGUGGCACUGCUGUGGGACUGCGACCAGCCGGGAGGACACGGACUCUGGGCUCUCCUGGCACCUGCCUGGCCAUCGCUGCCCUCACAUGGGGCACGGUGCUGUGGGUGGAGGUGGGUGCCUGGACGUACCACUACAGCGACCAAGGGGACUACACGUGGGAGCAGGCCAGGAAUUACUGCCAGACCUUCUUCACCGACCUGGUGGCGAUCCAGAACCAGCAGGAGAUCGAGUACCUCAACAGGAGCCUGCCCUACCACAAGCACUACUACUGGAUCGGCAUCCGCAAGCUGGGUGGCACCUGGACCUGGGUGGGCACCAGGAAGGCGCUGACCAAGGAGGCGGAGAACUGGGCCCUGGGGGAGCCCAACAACCGCCGCUCCAACCAGGACUGCGUGGAGAUCUACAUCCAGCGGCCGCAGCAGGCCGGCAAGUGGAACGAUGAGCCCUGCAGCCGCAAGAAAAAGGCGCUGUGCUACCAGGCCUCCUGCCAGCCCUCACUGUGCAGCCAGCGCGGAGAGUGCCUGGAGACCAUCGGGAGCUACCGCUGCCAGUGCUACCCCGGCUUCCAGGGCCCCGAGUGCACGGAUGCUGUGCAGUGUGCCAGGCUGGAGCCCCAGGGAGUGACCGUGAGCUGCAGCCAUCCCUACGGAGACUUCAGCUACAACUCCAGCUGCGAGUUUGGGUGUCCCGAGGGGUUUGAGCGGCGAGGGGCGGCCGUGCUGCGCUGCCUGCCUUCCCAGCAGUGGUCAGCAAACAUCCCCACCUGCACAGCCAUCACCUGCCCAGUGCUCAGAGCUCCAGAGCAGGGAGAGCUGAACUGCUCCCACCUCCAUGGGAACUUCACCUUUGGCUCCACGUGUGCCUUCUCCUGCCAGGCAGGGUUUGUGCUGAUGGGGCCAGAGAGCCGUGAGUGCACAGCCACGGGGACCUGGACUGGGGAUGAAACAAGAUGUGAAGCCAUCACCUGUCCAGUGCUCAGAGCUCCAGUCCAGGGAGAGCUGAACUGCUCCCACCUCCAUGGCAACUUCACCUUUGGCUCCACGUGUGCCUUCUCCUGCCAGGCAGGGUUUGUGCUGAUGGGUCAGGAGAGCCGUGAGUGCACAGCCACGGGGACCUGGACUGGGGAUGAAACAAGAUGUGAAGCCAUCAUCUGCCCAGUGCUCAGAGCUCCAGUCCAGGGAGAGCUGAACUGCUCCCACCUGCAUGGAGAUUUCACCUUUGGCUCCACGUGUGCCUUCUCCUGCCAGGCAGGGUUUGUGCUGAUGGGGCCAGAGAGCCGUGAGUGCACAGCCACGGGGACCUGGACUGGGGACACCCCUCGCUGUGAAGCCACCAAAUGCACAGCACUGAGCACUCCAAAGAUGGGCCAGGCUGCCUGCUCCCACCUCCAUGGCAACUUCACCUUUGGCUCCACGUGUGCCUUCUCCUGCCAGGCAGGGUUUGUGCUGAUGGGGUCAGAGAGCCGUGAGUGCACAGCCACGGGGACCUGGACUGGGGACACCCCACACUGCAAAGCCAUCAGCUGCCCAGAGCUGGCCCCCCCCAGCAGAGCCCAGCUGAGCUGCUCUCACCUGCACGGGAACUUCACCUACAACUCCACCUGCAGCUUCUCCUGCCAGGAGGGGUUUGUUCGGAUGGGAGCAGAGAUGCUCCGGUGUGAGGCCACGGGGAAGUGGACCAGGGAUCCCCCUGUCUGUGCAGAGGAUGGUGCCUUCCUAAAGCAGGUCCUGGCUUACAGCAGCGGCUCAGCGCUGGCAGUAGCUGGUGUUGUGCUCUCUGGGGGGCUCAUUGCCCUCCUUGCCAGGAAGCUCAGUGACAGAGAGGAGAAGAAGAAGCUCCUGAAACCCACCAGCGACCUGGGAGCGCCGGGCACCUUCACCAACGCAGCAUACGAUGCCAACCUGUGAGGCUGCCCGAGUGAGAGCCACCGUGUGUCCCAGGGCUGCAGGAGCUGGAGCACAGAGGGGCUCCAUGCCCGUGCUGGUAGCCUGGCCUGGCCCUGGGCAGUGCCACCACGCUGUGUGCAGCAUUCCCUGGGCAGGGGAGCUGGGCAGUGCCAGCACUGUGUGCAGCAUUCCCUGGGCAGGGGAGCUGGGCAGUGUCACCACGCUGUGUGCAGCAUUCCCUGGGCAGGGGAGCUGGGCAGUGUCAGCACUGUGUGCAGCAUUCCCUGGGCAGGGGAGCUGGGCAGUGCCAGCACUGUGUGCAGCAUUCCCUGGGCAGGGGAGCUGGGCAGUGUCACCACGCUGUGUGCAGCAUUCCCUGGGCAGGGGAGCUGCCUCCAGUGCGGGCAGUGCAGACCCAGCAGGG